AAGGCCCAUCAGCACUAAGUAACCAAAUUGUUCAAAGAAAAUGGCUCAGGUAUUCGGCCCUUCUCGUUCAGACACGCUGUUUCUUGGUGGUGAAAAGGUGAGCGGUGAGGAUAUCCGUAACCAAAACGUAUUGGCGGCACAGGCCGUGGCCAAUGUUGUCAAAUCUUCAUUGGGUCCAGUUGGUCUUGAUAAGAUGCUUGUGGAUGACAUUGGUGAUGUCGUUGUCACGAAUGACGGUGCUACAAUCUUGAGUUUGCUUGAUGUACAGCAUCCAGCUGGUAAGAUUCUCGUUGACCUAGCACAACAACAAGAUAGAGAAGUUGGAGACGGAACAACAUCUGUUGUGAUCAUUGCGGCAGAACUGUUGAAGAGAGCCAAUGAACUUGUCAAGAAUCAGAUUCAUCCUACAACGAUCAUCACAGGUUAUAGAGUUGCACUGAGAGAGGCUACAAAGUACAUCAAUGACGUUUUGUCACAGCCUGUUAGUAGUUUGGGUAAAGAAACCAUCAUCAACAUCGCAAAGACCUCGAUGUCGUCAAAGAUCAUUGGUGCCGACUCGGAUUUCUUUUCCAAAUUGGCAGUUGACUCCAUGUUGGCAGUGAAGACCCAAAAUGGUAAAGGUGAGGUGAAGUACCCUGUCAAGGCAGUCAACAUCCUUAAAGCACAUGGUAAGUCGUCCACUGAAUCUCAACUCGUUGCUGGCUAUGCGCUGAACUGUACUGUUGCUUCCCAAGCCAUGUUGAAGAAAAUCUCAAAUGCAAAGAUUGCAUGCUUGGAUAUCAACUUACAGAAGGCCAAGAUGGCUUUGGGAGUUCAGAUAAACAUUGAUGAUCCAGAGCAAUUGGAGGAAAUUCGUAAGAGAGAAUAUGGGAUUGUAUUGGAGAGAAUUAAAAAGAUAAUAGCUGCAGGUGCAAACGUUGUUUUGACGACGAAGGGUAUUGACGAUUUGUGUUUGAAGGAGUUUGUCGAAGCAGGGGUCAUGGCUGUAAGACGUUGUAAGAAGGAAGAUUUGAGAAGAAUCGCAAGAGCUACAGGCGCCACUUUCUUGAGUAACUUGUCGAAUUUGGAAGGUGAUGAAACUUUCGAAUCCAGUUACCUGGGUUAUGCAGAAGAAGUUGUACAGGAGAGAAUUUCUGACGAUGAGUGUAUCCUUAUCAAGGGAACCAAAGCUCACUCAUCCUCGUCGAUCAUCCUCAGAGGUCCAAACGACUACACGUUGGAUGAGAUGGAGAGAUCAUUGCACGAUUCGCUUUGUGUGAUCAAGAGAACGUUGGAGUCUGGCAAUGUUGUACCAGGUGGUGGUGCUGUUGAAGUUGCCCUGAACAUCUAUUUGGAGAACUUUGCCACUACAGUGGGCUCUCGUGAGCAAUUACCAAUUGCAGAGUUUGCGAGUGCGCUCUUGACCAUUCCAAAGACAUUGGCUUCGAACGCAGCCAAAGAUGCAUCCGAUUUGAUCGCCAAGUUGAGAUCGUACCACAGUGCUAGCCAGUCUGCUCUGCCAACGGAUGUCAAGAGAAAGAACUACAGAAACUACGGGUUGGAUCUCAUCAAGGGCAAAGUUGUCGACGAGGCCAAAGCCGGUGUCCUUGAGCCAACAAUGUCCAAGAUCAAGUCCUUGAAGUCGGCCUUGGAGGCGUGCAUUGCGAUCCUCAGAAUUGACACGAUGAUCACAGUCGAUCCUGAGCCUGUCAAGGAGGACCCACACGACCACUAACCUCGAGACUAUCUUUAUAGUACAUAAAAGGCGUAUUCAUAUCUGUAAAACAGUGU